AUUAAUUUGGAUUCUCUUCUUAUUAUUGACCCACGUGUUUUCGUAGGGCACGAUACCGGUGCUCUCAUCUUCAGAUUAAAAAAGUCUGAGGAACUAGUCGGGUGUUUGAAGUUGUCAUUUAAACUCAACUAUAUAUAAAUUAUUUAUAUAAAAAUGGCAGGUGCUGGGAAACGCCUGAUUCCACUUCUUGAUCGAAUUCUAGUCGAAAGAUUUGUCCCAGAAACUAGAACAAAAGGAGGUAUUAUGAUACCAGAGAAAGCACAAGGCAAAGUUCAUCGUGGAACUGUUGUAGCUGUAGGACCUGGUGCUAGAAAAGAGAAUGGUGAACAUAUUCCACCAGCUGUUAAUGUAGGAGAUGAAGUUUUAUUGCCAGAAUACGGUGGAACCAAAAUUGAAAUAGACAAUAAGGAUAUGUUUCUUUUUAGAGAUAGCGAAAUUCUUGGAAAGUGGGCGAAGUAGAAAAUAAAAAGUUAAAUCGUUACAUUGGAAGAAGUUCAUCGUGUUAGUUUAUCAUUACGUUUAUAUAUACAUUUUGAAAUUUUUUUGUACAAUGCAUUUAAUCACUAGCUAAACAAUAAAUAUUUUCUUUGAA